AUGUGGAUUGAUGUUAGCAGGCGUGAAAGACAGAAUUAUUUAUCACAACCCAACGAAUGCUUUAUACCUGGAUAUACCGGCCACUGUCCGAUGCUAAAAUUUCGGUACGGCAAAUGCUACGGAGACAACACGCGACAAAUACUUCGAGAAAUACGUUCCAAAGGGCUGUAUAACAAACCACUAGAAUACCGCCCCCGUGAUAACUACGAACUGGACAACAUGCCGCGUCACAACGCUCCAACUGCGGACGUGUACGACGCGGUCAAACACAGACAGCCCGUUUACAUGACUGGAUAUACAGGUUACAUACCGGGGAUGCUCUUUAGAUAUGGCAAAUCAUACGGCAGGGCGGCCGACGACUGCAUCGCCGAUUUUACCGAGAAUCAACGUGAACUAAGACGCAAAACGGACUUGAACAAAAGCUAUGCGCGAUCAAGGAGUGCACCAAAAAUGGAAACUAUACACUCCAGGGAUGAAAUACGACGCGAUAUGAAUAAAUUCAGAGAGAUUAAUAAGUACAAAGAUCACACAAUAUCACCAGAAUUUCCACCGAUAGCUGGCUACACGGGACAUAUUCCGCGAAUCAAGGGAUCUGAAGCAUCUUUAAGUCAAAGAUACCAUUGCGCUGCGAAACGUGGUCUUGAACUCAUUAAAAUGGAAAGGGACAAACGGAAGGAAUUACAUGAAGCCGACGUAAACAUAAAAUCAAUUUUGAAGGGAAAUCAUAAAAAAUAUUCCUAUUGGAAUUGGGGAUAG